AUGGAACGGUGGACAUUAACGUUACAUGCAAUAAUAUCACCGCAAAGGCGAGAUUUUAUGUUACAAGAUACAAAGCAUGAUCACGCUUUCAUCCUUGGACUGGGAUUCUGCAAGAAAUUCAAGUUGGUGACAAUAUCUCCAGUUUGUGUACAACAACACACUAUUUCUGUGGAACCCAACAAGGUAGAGGCUGUACAUAUUACUAGUGAGUCAGAUGUUAACUACAACGAGCUGAGGAAAAAAUGGAAGGAACAUAUUCCGCUAGGGAAGAAAACAGACAACCCAUUAGAAGACCUGAAGAAAAUCUUCCCCGAGACAUUUGAUAGACAAGUUGGUAUGUUUGAAGGAGAGGCCCACCUGAAACUAUCAUCUGAGGCACGACCUGUUCAGCUACCACCUCGUGCUAUACCCCAGAGUGUUAUGCCUGACCUCAAGAAAGAGUGAGACAAAAUGGAGCAAGAAGGGGUUAUCCGACCCUGCCCAGAAACAACAGAUUGGGUCCACAAUCUUGUGGUCGUCGUCAAGAAAAAUGGAACUCUCCGUUUAUGUCUAGACACACGAAGUCUCAACAAAUACCUGAUUCGCAAUGUACAUUACACUGCCUCUUGGGAAGACGCCCAGCAUAGUUUUAAUAAUGGUCAAUACUUUUCGACACUUGACGCCAAGAGUUGGUACUGGACCAAGCAGCUUGAUAAACAAAGUCAGCUCCUCACUGCGUUUAAUACCCCAUUCAAGAAAUACUGCUUCUUACGUCUUCCAUUUGGACUAUCAGCAUCCUCAGAAAUAUUCUGCGAGCAAAUGGAUCGCGUCCUGUGUGGUAUUCUUGGCACAUUUCCAUGCGCUGACGAUGUUAAAGUACAAGGAUCAACGGAAGAGCGCCAUGACAUCCACCUUUUAGAAACCGUCGAGAAAGCAUGUCAAGCAGGAUUAAAGUUCAACCCAGAAAAGUGUGUGAUCAAAAAAGAAGAGAUCGAGUACUUCGGACGUGUCAUCUCUCCACAAGGCCCACGUGGCACCAUGCCCCAAGAAAGUCAAGAACAUUCUGUCACUCGUAGCUCCAACGGACAAGCAAGAGCUACAAAGUCUGCUGGGAACUGGGAACUUUAUGGCUACAUUUAUUCCUAA